UGUUGCCAUCCCCAACUUUGCUGCCCCCUGCACCUUCUCUUUCUUCCCCUAGAUUUCAUGGUAGAUUCUCUCUCUCAUCUUCCCCAUUAAUAGAUUUACCAUUUCUUGUUCUAUUUACUAAUUUUCCAUCUUUUCACCCUUGUCACUAGUACUACAUAAGAAGGCACCCACAAACCGUUUUCUAUACUACUACAACUCUAUGUGAAAGACAAUUAACAUAAAUAUGGACACCAUCAAUAAUCUCUUUAUCUAUCUUUUCCUCUCUGUUUUCACCUUUCUUCUCCUCCGUGCCGUAACGGCGGCUCAUCUUCGCCGCCGUAAAACCCGACUCCCACCGGGUACCCUUGGCCUUCCCUUUAUAGGAGAGACCCUUCAGUUAAUCUCUGCGUACAAGACUGAAAACCCUGAACCCUUCAUUGAUGACCGUGUUUCUAAAUAUGGAAACAUUUUCACAACCCAUGUUUUCGGUGAACCGACGGUCUUCUCUGCUGACCCGGAGACGAACCGGUUUAUUUUGCAGAAUGAAGGCCGGCUUUUUGAAUCAAGUUAUCCUGGUUCGAUACAGAAUUUGCUAGGGAGGUAUUCUCUGUUGCUCAUGAGAGGAACACUUCAUAAGAGAAUGCAUUCUUUAACUAUGAGUUUUGCUAAUUCUUCCAUCCUUAAAGACCAUCUGUUGGCCGACAUAGAUAGGUUGGUUAGGCUUAAUUUGGAUUCCUGGACCGGUCGUGUCUUCCUCAUGGAGGAGGCCAAGAAGAUAACGUUUAAUCUAACAGUGAAGCAGCUGAUGAGUUUUGAUCCAUGCGAGUGGACAGAAAAGCUCAUGAAAGAGUACAUGCUUGUCAUUGAAGGAUUCUUCAGUAUUCCUUUGCCUAUUUUUUCUUCCACCUACCGCAAGGCAAUUCAAGCUCGAAGGAAGGUGGCUGAGGCGUUGGGAUUAGUGGUAAGAGAGAGGAGGAAAGAGAGAGGAGGAGGAGAGAGAAAGAAUGAUAUGUUGGAAGCGUUGUUUGAAGGAGAUGGGGUUGAAGGAGGAGGAUUUUCAGAUGAGGAAAUAGUGGAUUUUAUGCUGGCAUUGCUAGUGGCUGGCUAUGAUACAACCUCUACCAUCAUGACCCUUGCUGUCAAGUUCCUCACUGAGACACCCCAUGCUCUCUCCCACCUCAAGGAAGAGCACGAGGAGAUCAGGUUAAGAAAAGGUGAAGUUGAGUCCUUACAGUGGGAAGACUACAAGUCAAUGCCCUUCACUCAAUGUGUUGUUAAUGAAACUCUGCGAAUUGCUAACAUAAUUAGCGGAGUUUUCAGGAGAGCCAUGACUGACAUAAAUAUCAAAGGUUAUACCAUUCCGAAAGGUUGGAAGGUUUUUGCUUCUUUCCGAGCUGUUCAUCUAGACCAUGCGCAUUUCAAAGAUGCGCGUUCUUUUGAUCCAUGGAGGUGGCAGAGUAAUGCUGGAUCAACAAGCUCACCUAACGUAUUCACACCGUUUGGCGGAGGACCACGGCGCUGUCCUGGUUAUGAGCUUGCUAGAGUGGAGCUAUCUGUUUUCCUUCACCACUUAAUAACUCGUUUUAGUUGGGUUCCCGCUGAACCAGAUAAAUUAAUUUUCUUCCCGACAACAAGGAUGCAGAAGCGAUAUCCAAUUAUUGUCCAACGUCGGAGCUUGUUUGACCCGUAUAAAGAAUGAGGCAGACAGGAGAAGAGAAGAGUAGAAUGGUUUCUGAGAUUGUAGGAAGCAAAGUGGUAGUGAGUGAAACUGUAUGAAAGUUUAAUAAGACAAUGGUAUAUAGGUUGAGCAAUAUACAUAGGAAAUUAAAUUAUUUUGUAGUGGAACUGAGCAGAGAUCGCAUCCUUUUCUAUGAAUGAAAGGGGAGUCAGCAAGAUUUUAUUUA